UUAGAGUUUUUCAGAUAGAACGUUGCAUAUACAAUGAAAUGGACUGUACAAUGUACUAACAUACGAGACAAAAAUAAAUUUGUGUUGUGUUGCUUUUAAGUUGCAUAAGGACACCAAGAACCGGCGUGUUUGGUUUUACCUUAUUUGGAGCCAAUCAACACGUUUGUUUCCGAAUAUUUUGGAAAUAUUAGCAUAAUGAAAGUUCUUAGUGGAGGGUGCAUCUUCAUUUUGCUUUUCACCGUUCACUUAUUAUGUCUCCCAGCAGCGGCGUCAAUUUUAGAAUAUAUUUGGCCAUCGGAGGACACUGAUGAUCGAUCAGCAGCUAUCGAUACUUUUCCUUCCGUGCCAUAUGAAUUGACUGACGGCGAAGAAGACUUUAUACGCGAAGCUUCGAGAUGGAUUGGCAUGACCUUGUCAAAGCUCGAUUUGUGUCACCAUCGUGUCGUAUUUAAGUUAAAGAAGACGUGCCAUGAGCUAAAUGCCGAGCAAAUGGGUAAACUUGCGGUGAUGCUACUUAACUGCCAGUCAGACUCGGAAGGUCGUCCAUUGUUUCUGUGCAGCGACGAGAUGGAACUUCGGCAGUGCACUGAACAGAUGGAUCCAGACAUGUGGAAUGCCUAUCAUUUGAUAACGAACCGUGCGAAAGCUAUAUGUGCCAGCGUGCGACACGAGCAAUUCCGGGGAUUAACUGAGCUGACAGUGAACAAGUUAAUGGCCACGGCUCAAGAUCAAGUGCGACUGAUGGGCGAAAUGAGUAUAAGUCAAGAACAGCUUCAAAGUAACAGCCGCGAAGCAGUGCAAAUGAUGAUUGGUAACAAUGAGCGAAUUAUAAGACAACAGGAUAACAUUAUGCGGUUGUCGGAGAUCAAUCGAGCGAAACUGGAGUCCAAUUUUCGUAAUUUGGAGCACGGCAAAAGUUUGAUACAGUUAGGCCAGCAAAAUGUGGCGAUAAUGUUAACCGAUCUGCACAAUCAUAUUGAUGGCAACAUGAAACACCUAGAGGAGCAAUCGAAACACACGAAAGUGAACCACGAUUCGCUGUUGGCAGAUUUAAAGCAUUUGCAGGAAAAAAUUGUCGCAAUAGACGGCACGAUCGAAGAAAUGGGUCAACACAUUGAGGAACAUCACCGCGAAGCAGAGAAGUAUUACCAAUAUACGAUAGAGCAACUACAACGUAUCAAUACCACGGUAUCCGAUCUGCUGAAUUCGUUCGAAAGGCUGCACCAGAAUUUUAACAGACAGGUGACAUGGUUAGUGGAAAAGUUUGGUGGCAGCGAGAACUCACUGCAACACUUGAAUAUCAUUUUACUGCACUUGAGCUACCUUUUAAUAGGUAUGAUAGGCCUUGCCUUCGUCGGGGCGAGCAAAUUGCUGAGGCUUGUGUUCAUCACGGCCGUACCAAGCAAUCUGUUGGGCGGAAUGCUCGAACUCUUCCAGCCUGACAUUCUGCGACUGUCGUUCGCCCUGGUUUGUGUAACCAUCAUAGAUGUGUUGUGUUGCCUAAUUGUAAAAUAUUACCCACAUGGAGGAUUCCCGUGGGCCAUGCGACUCGAAAAGACGACAGAAGCGACGAAGCUGAGAGCUAGUGUCGUUGCUGAGCAACCGUUUCCAGUUAACAUGGUGAGCAGUAAUGAGCAUUGCGAAAAAGAAAUAGGUGAGGAAAGCUUUGAACACGUCGACUCAAGUGCCGAACAAACAAGCUUCAAAGAUGCUUACCGCAGAAUGCGAGAGCGAUCAGUCAGCUCUACAAUUUCUCACGAUUCAAUGCGAAGAAGUGUGCCACGAUCUGGUGAUAACGAUUGGACUCAACGGAGUGUCGCAGAAAUGACCGAUACCACAAUGGAACAUCAAUAUGGAUGGCAACGAGCGCAGUGCACUGCUCAAACACUGCGCGGUAGUCAAUGUCGUGGUAACGCCAUGUCAGGAACUGAUUUUUGUCGCUUACACGAACCAAGGAGUUUAUAGGGUUGUUAUUUUAUUCAGGGUUUUCUCAGUGGAGGUGCUUCUGCAACGGAAAAUAUUCACAAAACAGUCGAUAGAGCUA